CCGCCAGCACCACGCAGGGUGGCGGUGUCGCGUUGGCUGCAAGCAGCGGUUUCCUUUCCCCGCAUCUCAGAUUCUAGCGCCAUUUCUUUCAAAACUGACAUCUGGCCUCCUGAAUGGCGGGGAGCGCAAUGACGUGAUCUGGCUUUGUUUUUCCUUCUUUCUUUUUCUCUUGUUAAAUCAUCCGGUUUGGAGGCGUGGAAGACCCUCGGCGAGGGGCGCCAGGAGCACAGCAAGAGAAACCGGGAGCCGGCACGAGCGCCGCGGACGCGCCCAGCCCGUUCCUGGUCGCUGUCAGGUCAUGAUGAUGGGCAGCACCCGCGUGGCCGAGCUGCUGCUGAUCCACGGCGCGGACCCCAACUGCGCGGACCCCGCCACCCUCACGCGGCCCGUGCACGACGCCGCCCGGGAGGGCUUCCUGGACACGCUGGUGGCGCUGCACCGAGCCGGGGCGCGGCUGGAUGUGCGCGAUGCCUGGGGCCGCCUGCCCGUGGACCUGGCUGAGGAGCGGGGCCACCGCGACAUCGUCGGGUACCUGCGCAGAGAAGGUUCUGCAGAAACCGGCGGCUGAAAGAACCAUUGAAAGCCAGAGGCACAGCAGGACGCCGUGACCACUGACCCCCCCCAUCCCCCCAAUUCUUCCCGCUUUGUUAGCUGCAGUUUAUCAAAUAGCGCUUUUUAACAUUGUGAGCCGCUUCUUCUUCGCUAGCAGAUCUUUCCCUUCCCCUCAACUCCCCUUUAUAUCUGAAUUUAUACAUUGGUAAUAAAGGGUUUUAAUAACCCAA